AUGGCGCAGAGUAAUUGGGAAGCAGAUAAGAUGCUUGAUGUUUAUAUUUAUGAUUAUUUGGUGAAAAAGAAGUUGCAUAACACUGCUAAAGCAUUCAUGACAGAAGGGAAAGUUUCUCCUGAUCCAGUUGCAAUCGAUGCUCCUGGAGGUUUUCUUUUUGAGUGGUGGUCUGUUUUCUGGGAUAUUUUUAUUGCGAGGACAAAUGAGAAACAUUCAGAGACUGCUGCAGCAUAUUUGGAGGCACAGCAGAUUAAAGUUAAAGAACAACAUCAACUGCAAAUGCAGCAGUUGCAAUUAAUUCGUCAAGCUCAACUUCAAAGAAGGGAUUCUAAUCAUCCUCCUCUUGGAGGUCCUGUAAAUACUAUCACCACAGAAGGAGUGCUUGGGCAAUCUACUGCAAGCGCUUUGGCUGCAAAAAUGUAUGAGGAACGGAUGAAGCACUCUAACCCCAUGGAUACAGAAACAUCCCAACCCCUUUUAGAUGCUAGAAUGGCCCUUUUAAAAUCAACAAAUCAUCCUGGUCAGAUGGUUCAAGGAAAUUCAGGAAGUGUGACCGCAGCUUUGCAGCAAAUCCAGGCUCGAACUCAGCAAACCCCUGUAUAUGCUUCUACUGUUCAGUCUUCAUUUGAAUUCUCUUCCUUCCAGGAUAUCAAAGGUGAAGUCAACAUGGGUUCCAUGCAGAGAUCCUUGCCAAUGGACCCCUCAUCAAUUUACGGGCAGGGAGGAAUGCAGUCAAAGCCUGGAAUUGCAAAUUCAGGUGAGUUUAUGAUUGAGUCUAUGGAAGCUUCACCAAUUUACCUAGACUUAUAUGCUUUUCACGAUCUUGGCAUUGAUCAAAUUCGUCCUGGUUUUGGAGCACCAGUUCAGAAGCCUCUCCUUCAGAGCACAAAUCAGUUUCAGCUUUUACCGCAACAACAACAACAACAGCUCCUUGCACAGGUACAGGCACAAGGAAACAUUGGCAAUUCACCAGUUUAUGGAGAUAUGGAUCCACAAAGAUUAAGGGGAUUAACUAGGGGAAGUUUGAAUGCUAAAGAGGGUCAAUCAAUUGCAAAUGAUGGAUCAAUAGGCUCUCCAAUGCAAUCUACUUCAUCUAAGACCGAGGUAGAUGAGUCAAUUAAGGUAGAAUCCGUGUUGACUAGAGAUGAUUUUCUUAGUGUUGGAAAGCCUACCCCUAGCUCACCAGAGAUGAUUUUCUUAGUUAUGUCUGAGAAGGCAUUCAGAGUUUCUGUCUUCCUGAUCAACAUGCCACAGAUCCAACAAUCUACCUCCCAGCAACAGCAGGAUCCUUUGCAUCCACAACAAUUGGUGCAGAAUAACCGGAAAAGGAAGGGGCCUACAUCUUCAGGACCUGCAAACAGUACUGGAACAGGAAAUACACUUGGCCCUUCUAAUUCUCAGCCAUCAACUCCAUCCACUCAUACUCCCGGUGAUGGAGUUGCUAUGGCGGUUAACUUGCAGAAUGUUGCUGGCGUAUCUAAAGGUUUGAUGAUGUAUGGUACUGAUGGAACUGGUGGUCUUGCAUCUUCCACAAAUCAGCUGUUGCAGGAUGACAUGGAACAUUUUGGAGAUGUUGGUUCCUUAGAGGAUAAUGUGGAAUCAUUUCUCUCACAGGAUGAUGGUGAUGGAAGGGACUUGUUUGGCACGUUGAAACGGAACCCUUCUGAGCAUGCUACUGAUGCUUCAAAAGGCUUUUCCUUUAGCGAAGUUAGUUCUAUACGCAAAAGCAACAGCAAAGUUGUUUGCUGUCAUUUCUCUUCAGAUGGGAAAUUAUUAGCUAGUGCUGGACAUGACAAAAAGGUUGUUCUGUGGAACAUGGAGACACUGGAUACAGAAAGUACUCCGGAGGAACACAGUCUGAUCAUUACUGAUGUUCGCUUCAGACCAAAUUCAACUGAGCUGGCAACUUCUUCAUUUGAUUCAACUGUUCGGCUGUGGGAUGCUUCAAAUCCAACCUUUUGUUUACAGGCAUUUAGUGGUCAUACUUCACAAGUGGUGUCCCUUGAUUUUCACCCAAAGAAAAAUGAUAUUUUCUGUUCAUGUGAUAAUAACAGUGAGAUUCGAUUCUGGAAUAUUAGCCAAUAUUCUUGUACCCGCGUUUUUAAGCAGGGAGGAUCUACCCAGGUGAGGUUUCAGCCUAGGGUUGGCCACCUUCUGGCUGCAGCAAGUGGAAGUAUUGUGUCUCUCUUUGAUGUUGAGACUGACAGGCAGAUGCACACAUUUCAGGGACACUCUGCAGACGUACAUUGUGUCUGUUGGGAUACAACUGGAGAUUACUUGGCAUCUGUGAGUCAAGAAUCUGUCAAAGUGUGGUCAAUUACAUCUGGGGAGUGCAUACAUGAACUUAAUUCCAGUGGAAACAUGUAUCAUUCUUGUGUUUUUCACCCAAGCUACUCAACUCUCUUGGUUAUUGGAGGAUACCAGUCAUUGGAGCUAUGGAACAUGGUUGAGAAUAGAUGUAUGACAAUUUCAGCUCAUGAGUGUGUGAUAUCUGCGCUAGCUCAAUCACCAGUGACAGGGAUGGUUGCUUCUGCCAGGGUAGAUUGUUUCAUCUUCUCUCAUGUGAAAGAAACUAUAACUAGCCAAAAUGUAAUCUCAGACAUGGAGAAGAAGGGUAAAGAAGGUCCUCCGAUCUCCCUCUUGGAUUUGCCUGAAUCCAUCUUGGAUUUCAUUCUCAAGUGCCUUUCUCCAGUAGACCUUAGCACACUGUCAAAGGUGUGUGUGUCCUUGAAGGGUAAAUGUGAAAGUGAUCACUUCUGGGAAAAUCACAUAAAACACAAAUGGGGAAGAGUGAUUGGUGAUGCUGUUUAUAAGGAGUGGUUGUGGCACAUAACAAUUGCCAGAGAUGGAAUUCUCUUGAAGAAUCAACACACCAAUCAAACUGGGUCAAUGGGUUCUUUCACUGGUGUUUGGCCUAAUCUAUACCUUGGUUCUUACUUGGAACACUGCAAGGUCCUCAAUGGUCAACGGUCAAACAACUUCAUGAUGUCUUUGUAUUUCUCUCUUGAGAGUGGUAGGUUUUGGUUUCCUGCUCAGGUCUACAAGGGUCUGAUGAUUCACAAUGCCUUGGUUAACUAUGACCCACAAUCUAAUACUUUUCAAGCAAGGUAUCAAAGUGGAGGUUGGAGAUGUAUAGGGAAGAACAUUGAGUGGGAUAUGGUGAGAGCUCCCUCAGUUGAUUCAUCUCCAUAUGGCAUGCAUGUCUCUCAUUGUUUAGAAAACUUGAAACCAGAGGAUCAUAUUGAGAUUCAGUGGAGGCCAAGUACACAGUGUCCUUAUGAUUGGUGGUACGCUGUUAUUGGUCACUUGGACUCAUGUAAUGAGAAUCGUUGUGAGUGUCAAUACAGUGAUACGUUGAUGGUGGAGUUCAGGCAAUACCCUGAAGAAUCAAACAUGAGACGAGUAAAGUUGUGCAGAAAGAGAAGUGGAGAAGAAGGUGAUAGAAUAAGUGGAUGUUAUGGAGGAAUUAGAAAGCUUCACAAUGAAGAUGAGAUUCAAACAUGGAAGAAGCUCUUCCCAACUCAAGUUCAGGAUUCAUAUAUUUCCUCCCCUUACCUUGGGGACGAAUACAUGAACAAGGAGGAAAAUGGGUGUGUGGAUGAUGAGCUUCUAGACUCCAACAAGAUUAGUGAAAGGGGAAGUGAAGCUUUGAAUGUGUGUGCAUAA